GCCACGGUCUUGGAGAAGCCAUCGUUUUCUAUCAAUCCUUGGCGUCUGAAAAUUUGUACGAAUUUGUGGACUAGAAAGGGUCGAUACACGAUAAAUGGGGGACCUUAAGUCGUUUCUGCACCAGUGGUGUGCGAAAAAUGCAAAAGAGCCGUUGUUUGAUGUCAGGCCGACGGGUCCGAAGCAUCGCCAGCGUUUCCUCUGCGAGCUCCGGAUCAACGGUUUCGACUACGUCGGAGCGGGCAACUCCACGAACAAGAAAGAUGCCCAGGGCAAUGCAUCCCGGGACUUCAUCAACUACCUCGUCCGCACGGGUAACGUCAACGCCAGUGAUGUACCAGGGGACCUGGCCCCCACGAAUCAACCCCCAGCAACAGCAGCGGACAACCAGUCCCAGGCGAUGAGCCAGUCCACCAGCAAACCCGUCUUCCAGGACGGAAUGGGUCCAAAUGACAUCGGCCAAGCCUACAAGCCCUACAACCAGCGUGGACAGACCAACUACACCUACAUGGACAGACUCGCCGAGCAGGCGAAUGUCGCCGAGGCCGAAGAUUGCGACGUUAACUCGGGAAUUCAUGGCAAUUGGACCAUCGAAAAUGCAAAAUCAAAAUUACAUCAAUUUAUGCAAACAAAUAAGAUUAAUGGGGAUUAUAAAUACACCCCAGUGGGUCCUGAUCACACAAGGAGCUUCAUGGCGGAGAUGACGAUCUACAUCAAGCAGCUGGGGAGAAAUGUCACCGGACGUGAGACUGGAUCCAACAAGCAGACAGCUUCCAAGAGCUGUGCUUUGUCACUGGUUCGUCAAUUGUAUCACCUCGGGGUGAUUGAGGCAUUCUCCGGAACUUUGAAGAAGAAUAGGGAUGCAGAACAGUUGAAGCCCUAUCCCGUAAAAAUUUCACCCGAACUUGAGGAGCAGAUACAAGAUGUGCUUGCAGCCCUCGAGAUUACUCCUAUUGAUGUCAACAGCAAACCUCAACCAACCAGUGAAAACCCAGAAGACCCCACACCUCCUACCGCCGCCGGCAUUUCCCUUCUGACAGACCGUGUUCUCGAGGACUUUAUAUCCUCGAUUCCCCAGGCAGCAGGAGUGGUCAGCUGGUCGCCACCCCAGCAGAAUUGGAAUCCCUGGUUGGGUUGCAACAUCGACGAAGGUCCACUAGCAACAAUAUCCCUGGACAAGCUCUCCACCGACAUGAUGGAGGAGCGACGUGAGCGUCUGCAAGCUGACAAACAGCUCCAGCAGAGCAUUCGAGAGAGGGAGAAGCUCCCAGUCUUCAACAUGAGGAACGAGAUAAUGAACGCGAUUAACGAAAACCCUGUCAUCAUCAUCAGGGGUAACACGGGGUGUGGAAAGACGACUCAGGUCUGUCAGUUCAUCCUGGACGAUUACAUCGCCUCUGGCCAGGGUGGCUACGCGAGCAUCGUUGUGACCCAGCCCCGGAGGAUAUCGGCUGUCUCAGUCUCUGAUCGAGUGGCUGUUGAGCGUUGCGAACAGCUCGGACAAUCUGUCGGUUAUUCCGUGAGAUUCGAGUCCUGUUUACCUCGUCCCUAUGGCAGCAUCAUGUUCUGCACUGUUGGAGUGCUGCUGAGAAAGCUGGAGCAGGGACUUCGAGGUGUCUCUCAUGUGAUUGUCGAUGAAAUUCACGAGAGAGAUGUCAAUUCCGAUUUCAUAAUGGUCCUGCUUCGAGACAUGAUACACGUUUACCCGGACCUACGGGUUAUCCUCAUGUCUGCUACGAUUGACACAACUCUCUUCAGUGACUACUUCAACAAAUGCCCGGUCAUCGAAAUUCCGGGACGAGCUUUUCCGGUUCAACGUUAUUUCCUCGAGGACUGCAUUCAGCUCACCAACUUCGUGCCCCCGCUGGACACGAAAAAAAGGAAGAAUCGAGACUCCGAGGAUCUGGAUAAUGAGCCUGAGGAGAACCUUAAUAAGGUCAUGAUCAACAGCUACCCGGAAUCCACGAGAAACGCAAUGGCUCAGCUCUCCGAGAAGGAGAUCUGCUUCGAGUUGAUGGAGUCCCUCCUGGAGUACAUCCGAAAACAAGGGAUCCCAGGGGCUGUCCUGAUAUUCCUCCCCGGAUGGAACAUAAUCUUCGCCCUGAUGAAGCACCUGCAGCAGCAUCCCCUCUUCGGUGGAUCCCAGUACCUGAUCCUCCCUCUCCACUCCCAGCUACCCAGAGAGGAUCAACGAAAGGUCUUCGAUUCUGUUCCCCACGACGUCACCAAGGUGAUCCUCUCCACGAACAUCGCAGAGACCUCCAUCACAAUCAACGACAUUGUCUACGUCAUCGACUCCUGCAAGGCGAAGAUGAAGCUCUUUACUUCCCACAACAAUAUGACAAACUAUGCGACUGUCUGGGCGAGCAAAACUAAUUUGGAGCAGAGGAUGGGACGAGCUGGGAGGGUUCGUCCAGGGUUUUGCUUUCACCUGUGCUCUAAAGCAAGAUUUGAUCGGAUGGAUCAGCACAUGACGCCGGAGAUCUUCAGAACACCUCUGCACGAGCUGGCAUUGAGCAUCAAGUUACUGAGACUGGGGAACAUCAGCAAGUUCUUGUCUAAAGCCAUUGAGCCUCCACCCAUCGACGCUGUCAUCGAGGCGGAGGUCUUGCUGAGGGAGAUGAAGUGCUUGGACAAGAGCGAUGAGCUGACGCCCUUGGGGAAGAUCCUCGCGAGACUGCCUAUCGAGCCUAGACUGGGGAAAAUGAUGAUUCUGGGCUGCAUGUUCAGAGUUGGUGAUGCUUUGUCAACAAUGGCUGCCAACAGCACGACAUUCCCGGAGGUGUACAACAUGGGGCCAGACAUGAGACGACUGUCGAUGCAGCAGAAGUGGUUCGCUGGGGCUAGGUACAGUGAUCAUGUCGCCAUGCUUCAUGCAUUCCAAGCUUGGGAGGAGGCACGAGAUGGGGGUGAAUAUGCUGAGCAAACUUUCUGCGAUACCAAGGGCCUCAGUAUGCCGACAUUGAGGGUCACUUGGGAGGCCAAGAAUCAGCUGCAGGGGCUCCUGAAGGCCGCUGGAUUCCCGGAGGAAACACUCUGUCCAACUCCAUUGAAUUAUCAGGCUGGAGCUGACGUCAGGCUGGAUACCAUUACAGCUUUACUUUGCAUGGGACUUUAUCCUAAUGUUUGUUAUCAUAAGGAGAAGAGGAAGGUUCUCACGACAGAGUCGAAAGCUGCUUUGGUUCACAAGACUUCGGUUAACUGCAGUAAUUUCGAUCAGGCUUUUCCCUUUCCUUUCUUCGUUUUUGGAGAGAAGAUCAGAACUAGAGCAGUCUCUUGCAAGCAAACAACCCUAGUCUCUCCCAUUCAUCUCCUCCUCUUCGGAUCGAGGAAAGUCGAGUACAUCGACAGCUACGUCAGGCUCGACAACUGGAUCAAUCUGGAGAUGAAUCCUGAGCACGCAGCGGCUAUUGUGGCAUUGAGGCCUGCACUGGAGGGGCUUGUGGUGAGGGCUGCCAAGGAUCCUGAGACCAUCCUGGAGCUCAGUCCUGUUCAGGAGAAGGUGUUGGCUGUGAUCAAGGCACUCUGUGGGAUGAAUGCUGGACGCUACGAGAUGGAGCCCAUCACUGGUGGGGGAUUCAUGUCGAGGAGACCUCCUAGGGGACAUAUCAGUGGCUUCACUGGGAGUAGGGGCGGUGGAUUUGGGGGAGGGGGGUAUGGAGGUGGUGGCAAUGGGGGUGGCUAUGGUGAAGGGGGCAAUGGGGGUUAUGGGGGUGGUGUACCACCCGCCAAGUUCAUGAGGGGUGGCGGAGGGUUCAGAGGGGGAUUUAGGGGGGGAUUCGGGGGGAGGGGAGGAGGUGGCCCUGCAGGGGGAUUUUAUAAUAGGUAUUGAGGAGAGGAGGUUUGGGAGACAAUGAAGAUGAUGGGGACGAGAAUUUUUGGGGUUGUCAAGAGGAACACUCGAGGUGUAUGAAGGGUUUUGAUCUUGUGGAAGAAGGGAAUUCAAAUGACUUUCUGUACUUUUUAGUUUUCAUUGAUUCAGUAGUAAAGAGGUGGGUUGUGAGUGGAGAGAACGGAACAAGUCGAUUUUUAAUGUCACGAUGCAUAGGUUUACUUCAAGUUUAGGUAUUUAUAGAUGAAAAAUUCAGUGGCGAAGUUCUCCCAGUUGAGUUUUUGAGGGAUAUUUCCGAAUUCGAGGGAGAUAGCGACAUUUUUGUGAUUACAUUUGUUGUAGGUCUCAAUGGGUUUUACAAAAAAGGUUAUAACAAAAAUUUUGGUAUCUCCGUUGGA